ACUCUUGUUUUUUUUUUUCAACUCAAGUCUCUCUCUAUGGUUUUGUAUGAAAAGAUGAAAGGUUUUGCUUAGCACCAAAAGAGCUAAACAUAUGAGUUAUUUCUUAUGAUUAUUGGCUCUACCAUCUCACAAAAUGGAUUGUCACAAAGAUUGAUGGGAAAGAAGAAAGUUGUGAAGAAAACAAAGGAGUUAUCAGUAGCAAUAACAGAAUCAUCAGCAAUGAGUGGAGAUUCACAACAACAAAUUACUCCAAGAAAAAGAGGAAGACCAAGAAAGAUUAUUAGUAUUGUUAAAGAUGGUGAAGAAGAAGUUUCUGCUGAAUUAAAGAAACUCAAAACAAAUGAAGUUGAAGAAUCACAAGGAGAAAACAAAAAAGAAGAUGAAUUUGAAGAGGAAAAAAAAUUACAACCACAAAAGCAACAACAACAACAACCUACAAGGAGCAGAGCUAGAAGAAAAAGCAAACCAAGAAAGAGUUGCUAAUUUAAUUUUUUCGAUCAACAAUAUUCCCACUUAUCCUCCAACAUGACUUGUAUCGAUCGAUGGUGGUCGAUGUGCUAAACCAGUUGAGCUACUAAAAAUCAAGUUUCAAGAAUCCCCCUUUUUCUUUUAGGUAAUUUUUGAAACAAAGUAAAUUUAAUUUCAUCUACUGGUUUUUGUUACUUUCCUAGUUUAAUUCUUAGUGCUAUUAGUUUUUAAUAUUUUUAUUUUGGUGUUUAGUAUGUCUAUUUUAAUUGUGAGAAACAUUUUAGUUAGGGAGGAAUUGGUUAUUAGCUUUACACUCUG